CGUAAGUUUGAGUUUGGCGCCGAGAGAUGAUUGUUGAUUUGUUGUUGCUGUGAGAGUGUGAGUGGAGUAUUGUAAUUGUUAGGAUGAUCAUUGAGCAAUCAAAGAAUUUAGAUGAUGUGGGGAAACUGUUGUCUGCACCCCAUGAGGGUAAUGACCGUAUUGAAGAUGUUUAUUCUCGCAAGGAAUGCGAUUACAAAAAUUUAUCUGACAGAUUUACCUAUAAGGCGAAAGAUUUCUCGAAGCAGUUUGCUCAUAUUUAUGCCGUCAGACUUGUGCAGAUGCGAUGCAUCAUAGAAAAACCAGUGCGACAAAAGUGGGGACACAGUGUACCAAUACGGAAACUGUUCCAGUUGAAACCGGAUGAAGAGGAGUCGUGUGUUGUUAUAGGAACACUUUUCAAACAUCAAGAAUUAAAACCAAGUAUUCUAAGGGAAAUAAGUGAUGAGCUACAACUUGUCCCACAGCCAUCACGAACAAAUUAUGUGAGUGAAGAUGAUGAGCUAAUAUUGGAAGAUGAACUGCAGAGGAUCAGAUUAAUUGGCAGUAUCAGCCCCCAUUAUGUUGUUACUGGAGUGGUGUGUGCUGUUUUAGGACAUGAAAGUGAGGAUGGAAAAUUUUUAGUAGAAGACUAUUGUUGGCCAGGGCUAGCCUCAUCAGUGGAAAGGCCUUUGUCCAGCACCCCAGCUGAAAAAAGGUUUCUGGUAAUUGUGAGUGGGUUAGGCCUGUCAACUGCAUCAGAUGAAUGUCUUCUGGCUCUUCAACUUUUUGUGGACUGGCUUGGUGGUCUUCUGGGAGACACUGGAGAACAACAGCGAGUGGCAUCUGCAGUGAGAGUUAUUAUUGCUGGCAAUAGCAUCAGAGAUCGCAAUCCACCACCAGUCCACCAUCUUACAAGCACGAGCAGGAGUGUUGUUGAUGCAGUUGCUGCAACUCGACUUUUUGAUGACUUUCUUGUUCAACUCACAAGCAGUAUUGAAGUGGACCUGAUGCCUGGAGAAUUUGACCCUGCAAAUGUUAUGAUACCACAACAACCAAUGCACUAUUGUAUGCUUCCGCAGGCUUCAUCGUACCAGAGUUUGCAUGGCGUUCCAAAUCCAUAUGAAUGUGAACUUGGAGGCCGACGUAUAUUAGGUACAUCAGGGCAGCCGGUACAUGAUAUAACACGGUACAGUCGUCUUGAAGAUCCUCUGACCAUUCUGGAGCAAACUCUGGAAUGGGCUCACCUUGCUCCAACAUGUCCAGACACACUUUCAACUUAUCCAUACUAUGAAGAGGAUCCAUUCAUAAUAUCUGAUUAUCCUGAUAUAUAUUUUGCUGGUAAUCAGCCAUGUUUUCAGACAAAAAUUUAUGAAGGUACAGACAACCAGAAGAUCAGACUUAUUUGCGUACCUCAGUUCUCAAAGAAAUUUACAUGUGCUGUCAUUGAUCUUGCAUCACUUGACUGUUUUCCUGUAACAUUUGGUGGAACAGAUUUUUCAUCUGAAAGUGAAGUAGAUAAAUGAUAGGACUGUAUCGGAAAUAGAUAUGUGAAUGACAUUUGUAUCUAAACAUGUACAUAUGUUCUGCUGAUGUGAAUGUAAUGACUUAUAUUUUGUUAAGGUUUAGAAUAGAAAAUACUGUAAUAAAAUAUUUUCAUCAUUUCUGUAAUUACCAAGACAGACAAAAAUUAUAUCCUCAGUGAUGUUGUUUCCUUAGUGUGGUCUUAUUUGUAUUGCAGAGUUGUCGUGUCACACACUAAUGAGAAACAUUUUACCAUAAUUUGAGUGUGGUUUCUGUGGACUGUAAAACUGCCAGUCCUCAUCAGUCAAUGUGGAAGACUAACCAUCUUGUAAGCCAUGAGAGUGAAGUAUUGCUCUCAGGUGCUAAUCAUAUAACAAUGAUCUCCACCCCUCCCCUCCUUUGUAAGUGGGUAUGUUCUACGAAUGUUCAUUUCUGUCAUUAUGUUACAUGGCAAAUUGUCUGUCUGACCUGUGAAUGAGGGUGGUUUGGUAAGUAGUAAAUUUCAUGUUCACUGAAUUUUAUGUAGGUUCUUGGUAGAACAGGAUUGUAAUACAUGAAAAAUGCAGUUUGCUUUGGUUCUACCGUUUUAAUUUUAUUGUGUUAGUUUGGCUUACAAGACUGUUUUCAGACAUUUAAUGACUAUUGUUGCCAAAGAAGUUACAAUGUCUGUAAAUUACAUUGGAGAGGAAGUUACUCAUCUCGAAUGAAGCACAAAUGCACAUAAAUGACAUCUUUUGACAGUGUGCUGGUAAUGCAGUGUAAAAAAUUGAACAAUAAAUAAAUAUAAAGGCAGUAAACAGGAAAAAACUUUAACACAUUAUAAUCAUCAGAGGUGCAACUCCGUGACCGCACCGUCGCUAUCUUACUUUUAGGUAAUAAAUUGUGGCCUCUUCCUAUCCAUUAACAGUGAUAACUGUUAUUACUUUUUCCUAUUUCCAGAUUGUGCUGCUGCUGUGAAACUGCACUGCACCAGGAAUAUAUUCAAACAAGAAAGUAUGCCCAAACAUCAAAACAUGACUGCCUUCCUUAUUUAACGUUGAUGACUAAUGAUCCAGUUCCUCCUAAUACACAAGCUUUCCCAUGGUGUGGAAAUGAUUCAGCUUUUUGGCAUCUAUGUGUUUUGCAACGUAAUAUAUUGUACAAUAUUUUGGGGUUAUGCGUUUUUGAGUUUCUGAAAGAUAUCUUUAACACAAAGCCCUAGUAUUUUAUUCACUUGUAUUCUAUUGUCUACUAAGCAUUUGUCUCUCUCUUGUCCCAAAUAAACAAGUUGGUCAUAAAAUGUA